UGGUGCAAGACUCUCAAGAAAGGUUGAUCUACAUGGCCACCAAAGUUAUCCAGGACGACAUCGCAAGCUUCCGACCCACGCCCGAAGACCUCGAUUACCCCGGCAUGCUCCUACGAGCAGCGAGGGGCGGUGGCACCAGCGACGGCUUAGUCAACGCUAGGACAGGGGCGGGGGAUCAGCCGUCGCCUUCCUCUCCUCCUUCUUCUACUAAGGGGAGCGCGCCGGCUUACACGACGUGGUACCCACCGCUGCGAUCGACGCUUCAGGUGCUCAGCAAGGUGUACCGCGCGGUGGACAUGGGAGUCUUCGAGGACCUGGCCCAGCUGUCGGUGGCGGCGUGCGCGGAGUCUUUGAAGGGAUGA